AUGUCCAACCAUUGGGCUAAGAACUGCAUNUUUGUUGGUGAAAUCCCAUCUUCAAUUGGCAAUCUAAAACAAUUGACCGAUUUUGAUGUUGGGAAUAACAAGCUCAAUGGAAAUUUGCCAGUUUCGAUACUCAAUUUGACCCAACUACGUAGACUCUAUCUCUCUUCAAAUCAGUUCACAGGUUUCCUUCCACCAAACAUCAGCCAAUUCUCCAAAUUAGAGUAUAUUCAUGCUGGAGAUGAUUCUUUUACGGGAGACAUUCUUUCAUCCCUACUCAAGAUUCCCUCAUUGUCCUAUAUCUCUUUGAGUUAUAACAAAUUCAGCGAUUUUACUGGGAUUGGGAAUAUCUCUCUCUUCCUGCCUAAUUUACAAUUAUUUGCUAUUGAAAGUAGAAAUUACAACAAAGUCAUCGGUCCAGGAGUUGACUUAAAUGUCUUCUUGCCUCUUAAGAAGCUUUUCCGGUUAUCUCUCUCAGGCAUUCCUCUUUCAACAACAAAUAUCACUUCUGAUUUGGAUUUUCUACCAAAUUUGUGGAAAUUGGACUUGCCAGGCUGCAACAUCACUGAGUUCCCUAAGUUCAUAAGAAACGGAAGAAAAUUAACAUGGCUAGACCUUACCAACAACAAAAUCAAAGGUCAAGUACCAGACUGGUUGUGGAGACUACCAGAGUUGUCCAUUGUAUAUCUCUCUAACAACUCUCUCAGCGGUUUUAAUGGAUCCUCAAAAGUUUCUCCUGAGAGUCAAAUCCUGACUGUUGAUCUAAGCUCAAAUGAUUUUCAAGGACCACUCUUCAUCCCACCUUCAAAGCAUCUCAAUUAUUUUUUUGGUUCUAAGAAUAACUUCACCGGGGAGAUACCUCGAUCAGUAUGUGGACUAAGCUCUCUAGUGGUUCUAGAUCUAUCAAACAACAACCUCAACGGCUCAAUUCCUCGGUGCUUAGAGACUCUGCUGAUUAGUUCUCUUUCAGAUCUAAAUCUCCGUAACAACAAACUCAGCGGCAUUCUUCCCGAAAUAUUUCAGAACGCCAAGAGCUUAAUAACACUUGACGUCAGUCAAAACCGAUUAGAGGGCAAAAUUCCGGCUUCUCUUGGUGGUUGCUCUGCCUUGGAAGUUUUGAACGUGGGAAGCAACAAAUUCAACGACAUGUUUCCCUUCCACUUGAAUUCUCUGCUGAAGCUUCAAGUUCUCGUCCUCCGCUCUAACAAGUUUAAUGGCACAUUACAUAAUUCUGAUGGGGUUUGGUUUGGGUUUCCUCAGUUGAAAAUCAUUGAUGUAUCAUAUAAUGACUUCUUUGGUACAUUGCCAUCUGAUUACUUUUUGAACUGGACUGCCAUGUCUUCCAAGAGUGAUGAUAAUAUAGAACCAGAGUACAUUAAGAGUCCUUCAGGAUACUACUACUUUUCACUUGUGUUGAUGAGUAAAGGAGUGUCGAUGGAGAUGGAACGUAUCCUUACAAUCUACACAGCCAUCGAUUUUUCAGGAAAUCGACUCCAUGGGCCGAUUCCUGAUUCUGUUGGUUUACUCAAGGAGCUUCGUAUUCUCAACAUGUCAAGCAAUGCUUUUACGGGGCACAUCCCAUCUACUAUGGCAAACUUGACUAAUCUGGAGUCACUAGACCUAUCCCAGAACAAGAUUUCUGGUGAGAUUCCUCCUGAGCUUGGAACCCUCUCUUAUCUCGAAGUGAUAAAUGUUUCACAUAACCAGCUUGUAGGUUCCAUACCACAAGGCACGCAAUUUCAACGACAAAAUUGCUCCUCCUAUGAAGGAAACCCCGGACUUAAUGGUCCUUCCCUUAAGGAUGUUUGCAGAGAUAUCAAAACGCCAACACUACCACAACACGAACUGGUGGCGACAAAAGAAGAAGAAGAAGAAGAAUCAUUCAGUUGGAUGGCAGCAGGUUUAGGCUUUGCACCUGGAGUUGUAUUUGGGCUGGCGAUGGGAUACAUAGCAGUUUCAUACAAGCAUGAGUGGUUCAUGAAGAGAUUUGGCCAAAACAAGCAACAAAGCAUCAGAAAUCGUUAAGUCACUCAUCUAUGCAUUCUCUCUUCCUUAACGCAUUGUUGUUAUGUUCAUUAAAAUUUUGUUGUAUUUCAAGUUUUAAGCGUGUGCUGAAUCAAGUUUCGUAUAA